AAAAAGGGGCUAACGAGAAGUUUCGUCAGAAGCGGUGAUGGUGGAAGAGCCCCAUUCGGGUGUUGGGCCCAGAACCAGUACUGCUUCUCAUGGUCAUAUCUCUCAUUUGGAACCUCCAGGAUGCGGUGCUCGUCGCCUUGAACUGCAAUCUACCAUACCCAUUGCUGGAAGCCUACGAUCUUUUUCUGAUCCCUCAUCUCCGUUACUUCAAGCUCUGAAUUACUUGAGGGACAGAUUCUAUCCGACGCAUCUUCUUACGCAGAACCAAUACCUGUCCGCUUCCGUUGCUUCACCCGCUUCCCAGCCCUCCACGGCCAAAUCUGCUGACGCUAAUCGAUCCUAUCUAUAUACCACUGGCGGUACCGGUAACGGAUUGGGUGCCCAAAAUCGCGCCCGCAGCGAAGGUGAUAGUAACGUUGGAAGAAGGGAUCAUAGCGCGGGCAAAAGAGAACCGGAGGGAGACGCAGAGAUGGCUAUGUUAACGUCUCAGAAAUUUACUUUAGCGUAUGCUGGGCUCCUUGGAGUUGGUGGCGUAAUGGGCUACGUGAAAGGUGGCAGCCAGAAGUCACUAUUAGCAGGAGGAUUAUCUGCCUCUCUGCUGUAUUAUGUUUAUACAGAACUGCCUGAAAGACCGGUUUUUGCAUCAUCUAUGGGUCUUGGUAUCUCUGGAGCACUUCUUGGGGUGAUGGCUUCUCGUUUUAAGAGAACAGGGAAAGUCUUUCCGGCAGGCAUUGUGUCACUCGUUUCGCUUGUAAUGGCUGGUGGGUAUUUGCAUGGAAUUAUGCGUAGCAUGCACUAGAAAUAUUAACGUUGAAGGAAGGACAAGAUGUCUUAUGAAAGAUCUAUCUCUGCUAAUAAAAAGGGUUUUCGCUGUGUGGACGUUCUAUUGCCUGGCUGUUUGAGCUUCUUUUAGGCCUUUGAUCAAACAUAUGGCUAGUACUAUUAUCUUCAUUGGGACAUGUCAAGUUGUCUGCAUUUUGUAUCAUGAUCAAACAUAUGGCUAGUACUAUUAUCUUCAUUGGGACAUGUCAAGUCGUCUGCAUUUUGUAUCAUAUGGAUCCAGAUUCUUAAAAGAUAGUUGAAUAUUUAUAAUGAACACACUCCUCAGAUGAUUGUUUGUGACAGGGGGUGUUAGGUUUAUUGAAGAGUGCUUUCAUGCAAAUCUAAACAAAACUCACAUGAA